AAUAAAUAUACUUUAAAUGGAAUCUAUUAAUGCGCAUGCGCCAAAAGUAAUUUUCGAUUGGUAGAGCAAUGGAUACACGCAUCCAUGAUAGAGAUAGUAGUUAAAAAAGAACGUAACGCAAAGGAGUAAGAAAAAGAUAGAAAACGCCAUCUUGCGCACGCAAAGAAGAGUGAGAGAGAUAGAAACCACCGCCAAUAUGAUUACUCGAUCACUUGUUCUCAGUAGUAAAGCAAAGUUGGGUGAGAGGGUCGGUUUGUCGUAUAUUUGGAGCGAAACACAAACUCAAGAAAGAAAUUUUUGUUUGUUUUCACAUAUAUCGUAAUUGUAAAUAAUAUUUUGUGCCACCAAAGAAUGGCAACUACCAAAGACGACAGCACCGAUAGCGUGCAAUUUUUUGAAGGAGUGGAGAAACUUCUUGAGAUUUGGUUCACAAGCAGCAGCAGCAUAAACAGAAAGCAGGGCGAUCUUAGGCAGAUUCCUCAAUGGAAAUGGCAAUCGUUACUAAAAAUCGUUCGAUGUGAGAUUAUCAGCAUUUGUCGUACUGAGCAUGUAGAUGCUUAUGUUCUCAGGUAGAUAUUUAAACUUUAUAUAAAUAUUUAAUAU